CCACACUGAGACAGUUCUGUGGUGUGAGCAUGAAGCCUGAGAACAAAUGUUUACCGUGGGAGGAGACCUUCUGACCUGAGACCCAUACCAGAAGCUCCAGAGUCCUGGGCAGCAGUGGACUCUGCACCUGCAGACCGUCUUGACCAGAGCUGGCAAGACUCACAUGACAUCUCAACUUUGAAAUACCAGCGACAGCUGCAACAUGGAGCAGUUGAGCCAGAUGACUCGGGGAAGAGCCUGGUGUUCCCAGGACUCUGCACGUCGCCAGGAGGAAGAGGUCGUGACCGGCUCUUUUAAAACUGUGACAUUCAAGGAUGUGGCUGUGGACCUCAGCCAGGAGGAAUGGCAGCAAAUGAAGCCUGCCCAGAGGAGUUUGUACCGAGAUGUGAUGCUAGAGACCUACAGCAACCUAGUAACAGUAGGUUGUCAAGCCACCAAACCAGAUGUGAUCUUCAGGUUGGAGCAAGAAGAGGAACCAUGGGUGAUGGAGGAAGAAAUGUUCUGGAGACACUGUCCAGAAGUUUGGGAAGUUGAUGAACAGAUGGAGAAACAACAGGAAACACUUGUGAGGAAAGUCACACCCAUCUCCAAGAAAGCUCUGAUUAAGGAAAAUGUCAUUGACUUUAAAAAGGUUGCAGAAAUCUUUCCUCUGAGCUCAGAUGUUGUUACUUCAAGACAAAGCCUCUAUGAUUGUAACUCACUUAGUAAGUGUUUGGAACAAAAUUUAGAUAUACUUAGUUAUAAGAAAGGCUGUGUAAGAGACAAAAACUUUGACUGUGUUGAGUAUGGUAUACCAUUUUACCAUCGCUCACCCUAUGCCACAGCUCCCUUUAAAUGUAAUCAGUGUGGACAAGACUUCAUUCAUAAAUAUGACCUCCUCAGACAUGAGAGAAAUCAUGCUGGAGAAAAACCCUAUGGAUGUAAAGAGUGUGGGAAGUCCUUUAGCAGGAAGGAAAAUCUCAUUACACAUCAGAAAAUCCAUACUGGGGAAAAACCAUAUAUGUGUAAUGAAUGUGGAAAAGCUUUCAUUCAAAUGUCUAACCUCAUUAGACACCAAAGAAUUCAUACUGGGGAGAAACCUUAUGCAUGUAAGGAUUGUUGGAAAGCCUUCAGUCAGAAAUCAAAUCUCACUGAACAUGAGAGGAUUCACACUGGUGAAAAACCCUAUGAAUGUAAGGAAUGUGGGAAAUCCUUCAGCCAGAAGCAAAAUCUUAUUGAGCAUGAGAAAAUUCACACUGGAGAGAAGCCUUAUGCAUGUAAUGAAUGCGGUAGAGCUUUCUCUCGGAUGUCAUCUGUUACUUUGCAUAUGAGAAGUCACACAGGGGAAAAGCCCUAUAAAUGUAAUAAAUGUGGAAAAGUCUUCUCUCAAUGCUCAGUAUUUAUUAUACAUAUGAGAAGCCAUACAGGUGAGAAGCCUUAUGUAUGUAGCGAGUGUGGAAAAGCCUUCUCACAAAGUUCUUCCCUUACUGUUCAUAUGCGAAAUCAUACUGCUGAGAAACCCUAUGAGUGUCACGAGUGUGGGAAAGUCUUCAGCCGGAAAGAAAAUCUUAUUACACAUCAGAAAAUUCAUACUGGCGAGAAACCUUAUGAAUGUAGUGAAUUCGGGUAGGCUUUUAUUCAGAUGUCAAACCUCAUUAGACAUCAGCGAAUUCAUACUGGUGAGAAACCCUAUGCAUGUACUAAAUGUGGGAAAGCCUUUAGCCAGAAAUCAAAUCUUACUGAGCAUGAGAAAAUUCAUACUGGAGAGAAGCCUUAUCAUUGUAGUCAGUGUGGAAGAGCCUUUAGUCAGAGGCAAAAUCUCCUUGAACAUGAAAAAAUUCAUACUGGAGAGAAACCAUUUAAAUGUAAUGAGUGCAGUAAAGCCUUUUCUCGAUUCUCAUCCCUUACUCUUCAUGUGAGAAGUCACACAGGGGAGAAGCCUUAUGAAUGCAGUAAGUGUGGAAAAGCCUUCUCUCAGUGCUCAUUACUUGUUAUACAUAUGAGAAGUCACACUGGGGAGAAGCCCUUUGAAUGUAAUGAAUGUGGGAAGACCUUUUCUCAAAGAGCAUCCCUUUCUAUACAUAAGAGGGGUCAUACAGUGGAGAAAUGCUCAGUGUACUGA